AUUCAUGAUAUUAGCUAUGAAAAUAUUAGCUGUGAAAAUAUCAACUAUAAUGAUAUUAAGCAUUGUGAUGUAAACUAUGAAAAUAACAAUAAAAAAAAUAAUGAGAGAACAAUUAGAAGCUGUAGAAUAACUAGUUAUAUUCCACGGCCCUAUAUGUUCGCCC